GGAACUGGGUGUUGUUUGAACUCUUUGCAGUACGAAUGUUGAGACAGGGGGCGCUAUUGAGACCUUUCAAGAGGGGCCGGAGUAUGUAAUGUGUGAGAGUGUGAGUGUGCGAGAGAUUGAAAAUAACAAAGAAAGUGUUUAAGUCUUUUCCUGUUGUUAAUAUCGUGAUGGUGGUUGAGCUUUAAUGAUCUCAGAUGCCCUCCGAAGAAGAAGGUAGAUUUUUCCAGGAAGAAUACAAAACCAGCAGUACUUGUUCUCAGCUUGAAUACUUGACUAUUGGGUUAUUGGGACUGCACUGGAAUUGGCGCUGUGUGUGAACUCUACAAAAAUGAGUGUGAGGGGAAAGGGGUACAUCAUGGACCUGGGGGGAAGCUUCACUGAAGAUGCACCAAGGCCACCAGUCCCAGGUGAAGAGGGUGAACUGGCAUCAAAAGACAGGCAGUUGAACCACAAUUUCUAUCCGUUAAAAAAUGAUGGGCUUAAAAGUGAGGCUUCCACAGCAACCCCGCGGAGGCCAGAUUUGGAUUUGGGUUAUGAACCGGAGGGGAGUGCUUCACCAACGCCUCCAUACCUGAGGUGGGCAGAAUCUUUACACUCCUUGUUGGAUGACCAAGAUGGAAUCAAUUUAUUCAGGACUUUCUUGAAGCAAGAGGAAUGUGCGGACCUGUUGGAUUUUUGGUUUGCGUGCAGUGGAUUUAGAAAACUGGAACCUAAUGAAUCUAAUGAAGAGAAAAGGCUUAAAUUGGCAAAAGCCAUAUAUAAGAAAUACAUUCUGGACAAUAAUGGCAUAGUGUCCAGGCAAAUUAAACCAGCGACUAAGAGCUUCAUUAAGGAUUGUGUUAUGAAGCAGCAGAUAGAUCCUGCUAUGUUUGACCAGGCCCAAACUGAAAUUCAGAGAAUGAUGGAAGAAAACACAUAUCCUGUAUUUCUGAAGUCUGAUAUUUAUUUGGAAUAUACGAGGACAGGUGGAGAAAGUCCAAAAUUGUACAGCGAUCAGAGCUCAGGGUCUGGCACAGGGAAGACAUUAUUGGGAUAUUUACCGACUUUAAACGAGGAUGAGGAAUGGAAGUGUGACCAAGAUACAGAUGAACAAAAAGGGAGAGAUUUGGCCACUGCAAAUAGGCUCACUCAGAAAUUGCUGAUGGAAACAGCACCACAACGUAGUGGCCCAAACAGAAGGUUUGAUGAAGGCCGGGAGUACAGGCAUGGGGCAUGGCGUGAGCCUGUCAACCCUUACUAUGUCAACACUGGGUAUGCCCUGGCACCAGCAACCAGCGCCAAUGACAGUGAGCAGCAAAGCAUGUCAAGUGAUGCGGAUACCAUGUCAUUGACAGACAGCAGUGUAGAUGGGAUCCCACCAUAUAGAAUCCGAAAACAACAUCGGCGGGAAAUGCAAGAAAGUGCCAAAGCAAAUGGACGAGUGCCGCUACCUCAUAUUCCUCGUACACAUCGGAUGCCAAAAGACAUCCAUGUUGAACCAGAAAAGUUUGCUGCGGAACUCAUCAGUAGGCUGGAAGGUGUGUUGCGAGAACGUGAAGCAGAGGAGAAGUUGGAAGAGCGACUUAAACGUGUGAGAGCGGAGGAAGAAGGAGAGGAUGGAGAUGUCUCAUCAGUGCCCUCUACGGUUAGCCACAAACUGCCACCUGCCCAGACAAUGCAACACUUUAACUCUCGUUACUCUGAGAUUGGCUGUGGUGGAUUACAAAUGCGUGAUGCUCAUGAGGAGAAUCCAGAAUCUAUUCUUGAUGAACAUGUCCAACGUGUGAUGAAGACUCCUGGUUGUCAAUCUCCUGGACCUGGGCGACACUCUCCAAAGUCCCGCUCUCCUGACGGCUUAUCCAGUGGCAAGGCAGCAGGGUUAAUGGGAACAGUGCUACCUCCAGGGCAUAAACAUGCAUCCAAGUCUGGGAUGAAGGUAGAAGCUACCAACACGUACCAUCACAAACAUGUUUACCACCACAUCCACCAUCACAGUGGGAUGAAACCAAAAGAACAAAUUGAGGCAGAAGCCACACAGAGAGUCCAGAGUAACUUCUGGAAUGCAGAUUCACACCACUAUGCAACAAAGUCACGGAACUAUGCUGAAAGCAUGGGGAUGCCACCUAAUCCAGUGGAACCUUUGAAUCAUGGUAGUAAGAGCAACACACUGUCGAAACGAAAUGCUAAGAAGGCUGAGUUGGGCAAAGUGGAUCCUGGAAACUAUGAAACUCCGGCACCUCCAGAAGACCUUGAGCGGAAUCAGAAGAUCCUGCAGUGGAUAAUAGAAGGAGAGAAGGAAAUUUAUAGGCACAAAAAAACUCCUCAUAGUAGUAUAGGAGCAAAGAAACAGCCGAGUCAUGAUACUUCCAGACCCAGUUCAAUCGAGAGGCCAGGAACCGUUCAUCCGUGGGUCAGCGCUCAACUGCGAAAUCCUGUCCAACCAUCCCAUCCAUUUAUUCAGGACCCAACCAUGCCACCCAACCCAGCACCCAACCCUCUUACUCAACUGGAAGAGGCACGGAGGCGGCUUGAAGAAGAGGAGAAGAAGAGUGGCAAAGUACAGUCCAAGCAAAGGUAUGUGCAAGAGGUUAUCCAACGAGGUCGCACGUCUAUCAGGCCAGCAUGUAUUCCAGUGCUGAAUGUGGUACCAGCCGUCUCCGACAUGGAUCUCUCCGAGUCAGAGCAUAAGCCACAAAAGAAGUCAGCUACUGGCGAUAACAUUGUUGUGGCCUACUAUUUCUGUGGGGAGCCAAUUCCAUACAGAACCACUGUUAAAGGGCGUGUGGUCUCACUGGGACAGUUCAAGGAGCUCUUGACUAAGAAAGGGAAUUACAGGUAUUAUUUCAAGAAAGUCAGUGAUGAGUUUGACUGUGGUGUGGUAUUUGAAGAGGUGCGUGAUGAGGAUGCAAUUCUGCCAAUUUUUGAGGAGAAAAUCAUUGGAAAAGUGGAAAAGAUUGACUAAAUGCCAGGCAAGCAUAAAGAGGAGUAUGUAAUGGUACAAGAGAAGUUUCAGCUGCCAAGAGUAUUUCAGAAUGCAUUACGGGGGUCACAGCAGUUAACUGUGGAAAACGCAUCGUACUGACUGCUUUGAGGCUUCCAACUCUCCACAGGGAUGUUUUACAACUGCUCAAUAUAAGCAGAAAAAGUGGUGCUUUCAACACCAGGGUCUGCCAGUGCAGUCCUUUGAUGGGAAUGUUUGCAGCGUUACCUUCUCUCUCUCAGUAUAUUUCAAACACUAAGUGUAAUGUAGCAUUGUAAAAUUGUAUUAGAAAAAAUGUAAUAUGAAACUGUUUACUAAAGCUGCAUAUUUUUGAUAUAAUGUAAUCGGAGGAAAAUAGCAUUUUUAAUGUAACAGUGCUCUUAUGUUAUUUUGAAACAUACAUAUAGGUACUUGAACUCACCAAAUGUGUACAGCCAUCUGUAAUAAUAGCUAUUUGGUCCGUAUUUCAAACCAUUGAAAGGUGUUUCUCCACUUGUAUAAUGGAUGACUAUCACUGAUUCCGUUGUCUUACCGGGACAAAUUGUCCGUCAAAGUUUACAUAGGCCACCCUUGCAAAUACUGCUGUAUAGGCCUUUUUCAUAUGAAAAAGUUGCACAGUUUUUUUAAGACUCAAUACAAUAGGAAUGUGUAUGUUGUGUAGAAAGUGACUAGUACCAGACUAGUCUAGUAAGUACUUGUACGUAUUCUCUCUCUCUUCCCCGCCCCCCACACCCCCUCCUCAGUAUUUUGUUGGUACAGAGUUGAAAUGCUGCUUCCCAGCUCCUGCAUGUUAAGGCUAGGGACUCCACGUGGAUAGCUCAACCUCUCACAUCCUGACUGAAUAGACCCAUCCACACAACAGCACAGAUGAGUUAGUUUUGCCACUUUACACUGGCAAUAUGGAUGUUGCUGUUUCUGUUAGAGCAGGUGGAGUAGCUUGUGACUAUUGCAUUGGUUUUCUGGGCAUUUGCAGCUCACCACAAUGAAUUAAUUGUGCAGCGGUUUUGCCAGUCAGCAUCCUAGACUGAGAUUAUAUCUCUGUAAUUGGCCUCAAUAAUUCGACAUAUAUUGAACAAGUUGACAAAAUGAAGUUUGCAUUCCAACACCACGAUCACAAGCCUUUGGAUCUUUUAUGCUUUUUAACCAACAUCCAAGCUGCCAAUAGUAAAUGUACAGUGUAGAAUGCAGUAUUUGCCAGCGGCCACCGUGUUGCCUUUACAUAACUGAUGCAGGUAGAUGCAGUGCCAUCUAUAUUAGUGCAGUAAUAGGUUUAAAACAUGUAAACAGGCUGUGCAGUUGGCUGCUUCAAGCAUUACGUGUUCCCUUAAGCAGCCACCCUUUUCAUCACCCAAUACCAUCUUAUCAACAAACCAAAAUAUUUACUUAUUUAAUUGUCAGGGUGGUAUUUUGUUAAACUUUUCUGUUUGAACAUUACCCAGAAAACAUGUAAAGUUUAAAGCAACCAAUCAAAAUUUCUGUAUCUCUCGUAAAAAAUCAUUCUAGGUCUAACAUGGAUGCCAAAAAGUCACUUAAGCAGUGAUGUGAGAGUGCCACAUGUCUGUCUUCCAUUCCGUUUAUUGGCAGUCCACAACAUUGUAAUGAAUAAACCACAGAUAAAAUGUGCCAAUGUCUGUUUUACCCUUUACACUCUGCAAUAGUAAGCAUUCUUAGAACUACACUUGGUGUACUGUGCUAGAUUAGCAUUAGCUACAAGGAUUACACACUACUGCAGCAAAACAAAUCCACUCUUCACUAUUUUAGCUCGAUAAGACCAACACUCAAAACAAAUAUUUUGCAGCUUUGUACCACUUGUCUUUAAUCAGAUCUUGGGCAUUCUGAUUUUCCUGCAUAAUUUAAAUUGCAACAUUUCUUUGGUACCGAGCUAAAAUCUUUGUAGCCCAUUAAAAUGGUGCUUUUUUAUAUAAAAAGGAGAUAUUUUAGGUUUUCUGGAACUUUUUUUUCUUGUGCAGGGGAUGGGGGGGAGAAAGGCCUAUACAGUAAAACACCGUUGGAAUGUAAUCUGAGACUGGUAAUUGCCCAGAUAACAAUUACCUGCCAACCUGUGUGCUGGUUUGUUAUAGAACACAGUGUCCUAACUCAAAAAAACUAAAAUAAGGGCAUCAAUCUUGGUUUGAAACAUUCAUCCUGCAAGUUGGACUUUUGCCACUGUGCCAGUCACUAGCUAUACUAACCUAAACUCGAAGCUGCCAACCCCUGCUUCUGAUGGCAGUGUUUGUCCUAACAAUUUCAUUACUGCCAUUUGUCUGCCGAAAUUGAAAGAAACUACUAAAUACUAAUAACGGGUCUUCAAUCUGUUACACGGAAGGAUCAUCGGUUACAAAUUGUUUCCCAAAUCAGAAAGCCCUAGGAACAGCCUAAAGCAUCACAAUUGCAUUUCAGAAAGGUAUUAUGUAAAUAAAAUUACAUCACAGAGUGCCUUUAUACUCAAUGCUGUUACCUGUCUUGACGCUAUGUGACCCCCACCCCCCCCCCCACCCCAUGACUGAGGAAUAAACUCAUCCAGGGAUCUGCAGUAUGGUUUCUCCUCCUGCAUUUUGGUGUCCAGCGGGAUUUUUAUGUGGCCCUGCAUUCACGGGUUUUGCAUUUCCCUUUUUUCUAAGGGUUUCCAUUGUAAAUAUGUACAUUUUCUAAAGAUGAUGUCAUCAAGUAGCAGCACGUCAGAAGAUUUAGUUACCUGGUUUCAGUCAUCUUUCAGUGUGCUGGCUUGUACAAUUAUCUUUUAAAAGGUACUUGGACAAUAAAGAAAAUAAGUCAA